AAUGUUGCAACGGGUCGUAUUGGCCGUUAUGGCCUUUUUGGCCAUUGUGAAUGCCUACACAAUGCGCGUAAGUCUGUCCAUUGUCAUCACCGAACUGGUGGUCAAACGGAAUCACACCAAGGAGGAUAUUGGUACUGCCGUGUGUGAGGCCCAAGAUGAUGGCCUUGAUCCCGAUACAUCGCCUGGUGGUGACUAUGAAUGGUCGGAGAAAUUGCAGGGCUUUAUAUUAUCCUCUUUUUAUAUUGGCUAUAUUAUAACCCACAUUCCGGGUGGCCUAUUGGCUGAUAAAUUUGGUGGUAAAUGGACUUUGAGUUUGGGUAUUCUGUCGACAGCAAUAUUCACCAUGAUAACUCCAUGGGCCAUUGAUAUGGGUGGUUCCACUGCUUUGAUUGUUCUACGUAUUCUGAUGGGCUUAGGAGAGGGUACCACCUUUCCAGCUCUGAGUGUUUUGCUGUCACGUUGGGUACCUAUUGGAGAACGUGGUAAGCUGGGAGCCUUGGUAUUGGGUGGUGGACAAAUUGGAACCAUUUUGGCCAAUUCUAUAUCGGGAUUUUUGCUGCACUACUUCAAAUGGCCAGUGGUAUUUUAUCUAUUCGGUGGCCUCAGUGUUUUGUGGUUUAUCAUUUUUACCUUCAUAUGCUACAGCAAUCCUUCGGUACAUCCUUUUAUAACGGAUAAGGAAAGAGAAUAUCUGGAAACGGAGUUGAAUUUUGUUAGCCACAAUGAAAAUGUGGCUCCAACACCCUGGCGGGCAAUUUUCACCAGCAUGCCCAUGAUUGCCUUGAUAUGUGCCCAGAUAGGCCAUGACUGGGGUUUCUAUAUUAUGGUGACGGAUUUACCCAAAUACAUGGCCGAUGUAAUGCAAUUCUCCAUUAAGGCCAAUGGAUUGUAUUCCUCUUUACCCUAUGUUAGUAUGUGGAUCGUAUCGAUUUCUUCGGGAUUUGUGGGAGAUUGGCUAAUGGCAAAGGAGAUUUUGAAUAUCACAAAUACCAGGAAAUUAAUGACGGCUAUUGCUGCCUUUGGUCCGGCCAUUUUUAUGGUUGCCGCCUCUUAUGCCGGUUGUAAUCGUUUGGCUGUGGUCAUCCUCUUUACCAUAUGUAUGGGCCUCAUGGGUACCUAUUAUGCGGGAAUGAAAUUGGGCCCUCUUGACAUGAGUCCAAAUUAUGCAGGGACUUUGAUGGCCAUUACGAAUGGUAUUGGAGCCAUAACGGGGGUGGUUGCACCGUAUAUGGUGGGCGUGAUGACACCUAAUGCCACCCUAUUGGAAUGGCGUGGAGUGUUCUGGGUAGCUUUUAUUGUGCUGUGUGGUACUGCUGUGGUUUAUUGUAUUUGGGCUUCUGGAGAAGUUCAGUAUUAUAAUGAUCCGGAAACUUUAAGGCAGCAUGAGGCGGAACAGAGAGCCAAGAGGAAGUGA